AUGGCUACAUCAUCUUUUGCAGAAAUUUUAAAAAAACAAGAAGAUAGCUACGAAACAGAAAACUUGGAGGCGGAUCUAAUUGUUAGUGAUGCAUCUUUAUCAAGCUCCACUUUUUCCAAUAUCUCCAAUACUUCCAAUACUUCUUACUUAAACACUUCUUCUUAUGAUAUAGUAAGUAGUAGUGAAGGGGAAGAUAAAUUUAAUGAAAAUUAUGAUGCAACUUCUAGGAAAAACAAAUUAUCAAAAAGUGCAAUUAUUCUAAGUGCUACUAUAGAUAUUGCUUUAGCUGGAUUGUUGAUUGGUUGGAUUUAUAAAAAACCAACUGCUACUAAAAUUCAAAUUGGCAUAGGAUCAAUUGGUCUAUUGUCAUUAUAUGGUGCUCAAUGGUAA